GUUCCCACACAGCUAAGGGAGCAAAGGCAAAGUGACUUGGCCCAGGACUCUGAGAAUUUCUCUAGAGGUGGGGAUUAGGUCCACAACCCCUUUGCGGAGGUCGCAGAGAGCCCUGCAGUAGAGUUACUUUGCAUUGAGAGUAUCUCAUCAGUCCUUCGGGCUCUGAGUUUGCUCUCGGCGUCUGGGGAGAUGACAGAGGCUGGAGAUGAAUCCCAUCCCGGCUUCUACGAGACGCAGGAACCAAGAGGAGCAGUGAGUUCCACGGACGUAGUGUCUGAUCUGCAAAGGGCAUGAGUUCCUGAGAUCCAAGAGUGCUAAGCUGGGCACUCGACUGCAGCCUCCAGGAGCUGGAGGAUCUUUUGAAGGAGCUUCCGUCAUACCUUCGCCAACUGUCUAGCGAUGACGCCAAUGUGCUUGUGUGGCACAUGCUCCUGCUGCCAGACCAGCUUCCUUAUGCUCUCAAGGCCUUCCGUCUGCGGAUCGAUUUCCCCAGGGAGUAUCCACUUAAGCCUCCCACUUUGAGAUUCACCACCAAGAUCUACCACCCCAACAUCAGAGAAGAUGGCCUGGUGUGCCUGCCCCUCAUCAGCCCUGAGAACUGGAAGCCUUACAGGAAGAUCUAUCAAGUCUUGGAGGCCCUCAGCGCGCUGGUGAAUAGACCGAAUCUAGACGAGCCUGUGCGUUUAGAACUUGCAGACCUCCUGACUCGAGACCCGGAGAUGUUCAGGAAGAAGGCGGAAGAAUUCACCCUUCAGUAUGGAGAGGAUCGACCCUCUUAAUUCUGGUUCUGAAGCCUCUGUCUGGAUCUUCUGCUUAAUGAAUGGGUGUCACAGGCUGGUGCCAGAGGCCUUGGGAAGCACAGCCUGCGCCUAAGUCUUCCUCUGUAGCUGCUAAUGAUGAAUAUUAUACCUGGUGUGUAUGUAUGUGUGGGGGGAGCUGUGUGGUGAGUGACCCUUCCUGGAGCCACCUGGGUGUGGAUGUCCCAGUCCCCCAUCCUCGGUGGCUCCAGACCCAGUGGGAAUUAGGUUUGCACAGUUUCAGGUCUGCUUUCCAUCUUAGGACAGAUGGAAAUUGAAUGUCCAAUUGGCAGAAAAUGAAUACCCCAGGGCUCAGGCACCAAGAGGUGACAAAGGCAGGACUCUGCUUGGAAGGCAGAGCCUAUAUCUGCCAAAGGUGCCAAAUCUACUGUUGAGUGAUCGAGUUCAACCAAACUUGUAAUAGGCAUGGCCAGAUUUAAGUCUCAAAUAUCUUAUUUUCCACUGAUGAAUCUCAAAAUAAAGAGUCUAACCUCCACCCAGAA